AUGAGCGAUCAGGAGCAGAGGCUAACUGAAAUCGAGUCACUAGCCGCGAUUUUUCCGGAUCUCCUAGAGGAUUCUUCAGAGAAGCAAUUGAUUUUUCGAUUUCAAAAAAAUAUUAGCAUAGAUAUCCUGCUUCCAGACGAUUAUCCAUCAAUAUCUCCUCCAACGUUCGUCCUAUCGGGUCCAUAUCUAUCCAGGGACCAAAAAGAAAUGAUUCACAACAACCUGAACGAAAUCUACGUUGAAAAUAUGGGAUUUCCAGUGAUUUUCAACUGGAUUUCAGCCAUUCAGGACUUUGUUCAGGAUCUCCCUCAAAACAAGCCAAAAGUCGCUGAAGACGUUGCUGAUGACGUGGCAAGGGUUUCAGUGGAAGAGGAGGUGGAUGACAUGAAUAUCCAGCAUGGAGAGGUCUUCACAGACCGGAAAAGUGCAUUUCAGGCACAUAUGGCAGUUGUGAGAAGCAAGGAAGAGGUUGAUCGAGUCAUGAGAAUUCUGAAAUCGAAUUCUAAAAUUUGUAGAGCUACACAUAACAUUUUGGCGUACAGAUUUACAACUGAAAACAAUGGAAAAUCGAUUCAUCAUCACGAUUGUGAGGAUGAUGGAGAGCACGGUGCAAGCUCAAAAAUGCUCGAAUUAAUGGAUCGAAUGAAAGCCAAUAAUGUUAUGGUCGUCGUCACCCGCUGGUACGGAGGGAUCCACUUGGGACCAGAUCGCUUCCGGCACAUCAAUAAUUUAACACGACAAAUUUUAUCGGAUAAUAAUUAUGGAGCAAAAAAGUAA